AUGUCAACGUUUUUCACGCCGAUUUACUGUCGUUCGCGCCUCACGUCGCGACACGCGGCCGCCGCCGCGAUGCCGUUCGAGGACGAGCACGGCUCCUUCGCCGUGAUCGACUUCGUCGCGCACUUGUACCGAGGCACGCGCGAGGACCGACGCACGCUGAAGACGAUCUGGGAAAAGUACAGCCGAGACUCGGAGGCGGAGAGAAAAUCUCCCGGGUUCGAGAUCGUGCGCAUGCACCACGCGACGUUGUCUCGAGUGUUCGCGGACGACCCGGACGGGGAGUACCUCGACGUCGAAGACGUCCAAAUGUGCUGGGAGGAGUUCGUAGACGCGCUCAGGACCGCGACGGGGGCGGCGAACGACGACGCCGACGCGCGCGCGGGCGUCGCGGCCGCGCCCGGCUCGCCGCAGCGGGAGAAGUGCUACGAUAACCUGGAGCAGCCCGUGCUUCGACGAAACGCGUCCUUCAGCGCGCUCGCGCGAUCGCUGCACAGCGCGGCGGAGGCGAGCACGCCCCCGGGAACAUCGGGCGGGAACUCUCCGGACGGCUCGAGCCGCGGCGGGUCGACGCGAGGGAUACGUCGGAUAUCCUCCAAAGGGAUGCUCCUCGCCGUCGGCGUGGCGUCGAGAGAGGGAUCGGCGCGCGGGGGACUCGCGCACGUGGACGAGUGGACGCCGAACCUGAGCACGCUGUCGAAGGAGGUGAGAGAUAAGCUCGAGCCGUGGGACGGCGUCAGGUGACGGAGCGGGGGGGGGGACCCGCGCGCGCGCGCGCAGAUGAACGCGACGACGACGCCGAUGAGGUAGGUACUACAAGUCAGGGAAGGUUAAUUACAGUAAGAAUAAGAC